AUGUCGGACCCUGCAACUUUUGACGCGCUAGUCGAUGCCAUCCGCAACGACUCGGUGUUCAAGAACAACUCGCACAACAAGCAGACAAAAGUCGAGUAUCAGGUCGCCAUCGCACUGUAUCGGCUUGGCCACUAUGGCAACGCUGCAAGCACGCUCAAGGUUGCACUUCACUUCGGCAUCUCGUAUGGCUCUGUCCUGAAGUUCACGGACCGUGUACUUGCUGCAGUGUGCUCGGAUCGCUUCCGUGCAUCCACAGUACAGUGGGCAAGUGCCGAUGCAAAGGAGGUGGCUAUGGAAUGGGUCGAGUCAAGGUCGUGCCCAGCUUGGAGGAAGGGUUGGCUUAUGGUGGACGGAACUCUUGUGCCACUAUUCCAACGGCCCGCAUUCUUUGGAAACAACUUCUUUGACCGCAAGAACAAUUAUUCCACUGCCGUCCAAGUUAUUUCGACACCCGAUCUCCGCAUAAUCGACUUCUCCGUUGGCCGUCCAGGCAGUCAACAUGAUUCGAGUGGGUGGCGUGACACGGACGUGUACAAACGGCGCCGGCAAUUGAUAGCACCAGAUGAGUGGGUCUGGGCAGACUCAGCAUAUCCGUUGACAGACUGGUGCCAGUCGCCGUACAUCAAGCCUGAGAAGGAGGAGCCGCGCAACACUACAUAUAACUACCACUUGUCGGCCAUACGUGUGCGGUCAGAGCAUUGUAUAGGUUUUUUGAAGGGCCGUUGGGCCUCGCUCAAAGGCCUACGCGUGGACGUCAACAGCGAAAAGGGUCUCGAGUACGCUUCCCUCUGGAUCCGCGCCUGCAUCUUGCUGCACAUGUUUGCGAUGAAGCAUGAAAGCGGUGAGAACAUGGAGCAAGAUGUUUUUUAUCGAUCGGGUGUGCGGUAUCAGAAGAAGCAGCGAGAGUUUGAAGAGGAGUGGCGGACCUACUGGGAGGCUGUAGAAGAAGAGCGUGCUCUCUCUGUCGAGGACGAAGAGGAGUUGGAACUCUUGGAGGGCAAGUUUAAGCGAGAGCAGCUGAAGACAGAGUUGUUCGACUGGUUGGGCGAGGACAUGUACACUCAAUAG